GAUAGACCAGGCAUGGCGGCCACGGAGAGCAUUCUGGAUCGUGUGAAGAAGGAGAUAUCAUCGGGCAAGGCUACAUCGUCUACAGUCGCAACCUUACAGGGUUUGUUUGGCACAACAUCAAAAACAGAGGCAGCCACAACAGGACCGCAAGCACGGGCACAGAAACCUACGAACACCAAAGCAGUAGCAUUGAAAUCGACAAGACCCACCACGCCGGCAUCCAAGGCAUCAAAGAAGGUCGCGUUCGUGCCGGUACUCGAGGACGAAUCCAAGACUCUUUCUCCGAAAGAGCGAUAUGCUCUCGCCACAGAUGUUGUCAACACAACUCUCAAGGUCCUUCAAAAUGCUGUGAAAAACGACCGGUCGUUACCAAAUCAGUGCGAUGGAGAACUCGACAGCACACCCAAACGGACAAGUCCCAAGGAUUCGAGGGCACUCCACGAGCGAUCAAGCAAUACAAGCCCUGCGAAAGCUUCGCAGACAAAGCUUGUCAAUGGCAAAUGCGCAGCAGUGAGCGCUGUAAACAAAGAGCCACCUUCACCUGAAACGAGACCUUGGACUGCGACGGCAGAAUGCGCGAGGCUGGCCUUCUCGCAGCUCAGAGCUGCCGACCGAGAGCGACUAAGUGUGCGAUCACUACCCAAGUACCAACUCGAGACAGGAAUGCUUGCCCUAGUAAGCAGGAUGAUUGGACUUGGCCUCGACAAUCUUGCAGCCAAAGAGUUAUGCGCGGUCAAGAAGCGGUUGCAAAGCGCGCGUACAGAUGCUGUUGCUGACCAGCAGAGAGGCAAGAAGGCAGGCACAGGGAGAGUGCCCGGACACGAGACGCUGGCCAGCCUCUUGCAACUCGAAGUUGAUCUGGCAGAGCAUUCAAACAUAGCUCCGCUUGCUAUGACCUACUGGUCGUAUGUGUUGGCCCUGCUCGCGACUGCGAACAAGCCCGCAACGAUUGAGGAUGCUCUGCCCCAUCUUGAACUGGAAAGCGAGCGGUCAGUGGUGUUGUGCAUCGUCAAAUAUGCUACAUCCUUGAGUGACAGCACUAAGGCAGCGAAACAGCUCGACGCCCUGUUUCAGGCCCUCAUGCGCCUCUGUCCUUCGGUCAGCGCUAGAACAGACGAGAUGGCAAAGGACAGCGCUCGGUGCAUACGACCAGAAUCUGCAUUCAAAAUCAACAUGAUCGCACUCUCUGUGCGAUUGAAGAUGAUCAAACUGACGGCGCAGCCCAUGGAUAUCGCUCAAAAUGUUCUUGAGCCAGUGUCCCGAUCUAUGAGCGCGCUACUCAGAAGGCUCCCAGCUGGAGCGAUCAACAAAAAUGUACUCAGAAUUUGCCAAAAAGCUCGCGCAUCACUGGAGCUUUCAAGUCAGGAAGUCAGCGAGUGUGCGAGUGCAAGCUUCACAAUAAGUCGCACUAUGUCUGUGCUCGCAGAGAGAGCAGGUGAUGCUGAAGAAGCACAUUCAUACUCCAACAUUGCGGUGCAGCAAUGUGCUGCUCUUGAAGCGAAUCAUGCACGUCGAGUCGCCGCCCUGUGCAGGCAACAUGCAUGCGCUUUGAGGUUCAUAGACACGACUGGCGAUCAAUCAGUGCCUGGGCUUGAUAAUCUAGAGCUACUCCGACAGGCUUUGCAGCAGAGUGUGUCGGGAAGUGCUUCAGAUUACGAAACAUUGCUUGUGGAAUUGGAUCAUCUUUUCGAGAGCUUUAAUGGACAGCAUCACGGUGUCAGCAUGACCGGCCGCGAAGGGCUGAUACGAUCGGCGGCAGCUUUUGCGUCUCGUUAUGCUCGACUGAGUGCAGGAAACCAGAGGGAAUCAACAAAGAGUAUCAUUGAGAAGGCUGUGGCAAUCAGCAGACAGAUCGAAUCCCUCGUAACAUGGAUCAAUAAGGACACAGCUCAAGCACUUGUUCAAACGGGCCUUCUCGAUAUGAUUGCUGAAAAUUCAGCGCACACGUCGCUUGCACAAGCUUGGUCAAGCACCCGGUCCGCCAUCAUACUGAGCAGAGUUUUCAGAGGUCUAGUGAACAAGGCGGUGGCCAGCGUUCCUGAGAAAUGCUUGGAAAUACUCUAUGAUGACUCUGCUCUGCCAUCAGAGCAACGUGGAGCUGUGCUCGAGUGGCAGCUGCAGAUUACAUGCGAGAUAGUGCAGAAGUCAAAGAUACGACAAGCUCAAGGGAGGGUUGUGCGGGAGCUUGUCCACCGAUUAUUGCAGAUUUACGCUUCUACCGAAUUUCCGGUGCGACGAGCGCGGGUCUCUGCAAUGGCUAUGCGGUAUCAGACGGUCUGCCCGGACACAUUUCAACACAAGCUAUUGGAGGAUUUGUCUCACGUAGAAAUGGUGGAUCCUAAACAACCAGGCCGUGAUGGAGACCUUGUGCCGUACCUAGAAGAGUUGCGUGCUUCGUUAGUCAUCUCGCGGAGCUUUGAUAAUAAGUCACUUGAUGUCGAUGUGCUCGAAAAGCAGAUUCUGGUCUGGCACAGACUCCUGGACCAAAGCCAUGACAUGGAGAGCUUACAACGGGUCAUCGACAACCCUUCGGCCUUCGCACAGCAAUUGUCCUGCCUUUGCGAUUACUUCACCAUGCUAGGAGAGCACAAGUCGCAACUUCACCUUUUGCAGUUACUGCAUCGAGUUCAGAAGAUCUCGGACGACAAGGAACAGCUGUGCACAACAGACUUGUGUCUGGUCCGAUGCUACCUUCUGCACGGAUAUGCGGAAGCAGCUGUAAUCUACCUUGAUGAGGCGCGGAAGCUGCUGGAGACAGUAGGGCAGUCAAGUCUUGCUGCCCUUGACUAUCACAUCACAAGCGCGCAGUACUUCCUUUGUGUUGACAAGCUCGAUGAGAGUGCACAAGCUCUUCAAUCAGCUGCAGAGGUGCGGUCCCGCUUGAAUAUGGAGUCUGCCCCAUCGCAGCAACGCAAGUCCUUCAGGCUCCACCACGUUCGAGGCUGGUUGGCUCACUCUCAACAUUUGUUUGCAUCGGGCAAUGCUCAUGGGGCACUGCAAGCUGCUAAGCGAUCUGUGCAAGUAGCCAACAGUAUUUGGGCUGGCAUUGAAAAGUCAUGUCCAGCUGCGAAUGAGCCUAAUAUUGAUCGAAGUGGCGAAGCUAGCACCAGACCUGUCGAUACCUUGAUCAGGGGUGUCAGCAAAUUGAACCUCAAACCAGCACAUGACAAGUCGACACAGCCAACAAGUCCAUCGUCGAGUACUGGGGUGGCGUUGUGGACAGUCCUCCCGUUGAUGUGCCAGGCGUUGAUGCAUUUGUCAAACAUCUAUGCACACCACGGUUCCUUUGUCGAGGCAUCCUAUUCUUUCGAACAAGCUGCCAAGAUCGCGCAAGAGGCCAAUGCGCAUGGGAUCUUGUCCGACAUUAGAUACCAUCGAAGUCUUUUGCUGGCUAGCGCUGGCAGAAUCGAAGAUGCGGAGUUGUUGCUUGCUCACGAGCAAGAGUCUGGCAAGCCUCAGUGCCCAUUGGCAAGAACGAAUCACUUGCGAGCGAAAACUGCUCUGAGCGUAAAGCUCGGUGACCUCGAAGAUGCCUUGAAAUUCUCACGCGAGGCCGAGACAAUUUUGAAGCAAGUCCAAGGACAAUCUUACACUUCAAGCUUACACUUAACCUUCAGCGCGGACUCGCCAAAGCUGAGUGGCAAUAGCACUCCACAGCUGCCAGAUGAGACUGUUUCAAAACCUUCGACCAGGAAACGAGUAGCGGCGACCAAGAAACCAGCCACAGCUUCACGCGUCACCAGCGCCAAAACCAAGAAACCGGCACCUGUCUCGUCGCAGAAGGAUAUAUCUGCUUGGGGUUCUUGCUAUGUGCUCCAAAAACUCGAGGCACAGGUUAUGCUGCAGAGCGCCAUACUCGCUACCAAGCUUGGCCAGGACGAUGCAAACAGCAGAAUCAGUUGGGUGGCAGAGGUCUGCCAAAUCUUCCCAGACACUUUCGACAGGCGCAUGUUAAGCUAUCUGGGGGCGAUGCAGGCUGUGGAAGCAGCCAUAGAGGCCGACUUCACAUUCAAUGCACUCUCAGAAUCGACGCUUGCACUUCCGGCAUUGCGGUCCGCGGAGCGAAAUUUAACAUCCGCGUUGUCGACUGUUCAGCCUGGUCGUGGUAAAGCCACGAAGGGCUCGAAACCAGCGAAGAGCAAGAAGGCGGCUACAGACUCGGUGCUCCAACUCUUGCUUACUGCUAGGCAAUGUCUCGAAGGCCAAAAAUCCUCCAUGGAGUCCUUCACGACUAGUGACACGCAUAAGUUAUAUGCUCUGCUUGCAGAUACCUCUAUGCUGCUUUCAGCGACCUCAGGUACCCAGGCGCCGGAAGUUUUGCACCCUGUUCGAGAGGCGUUGCACAUCGAAGCACCGCGUAUCCACGCUGCAGAGUGCCUGUCAUUCGCGGCAAAACUGGAGAGCGACAUCACACAAUCUUCAGACCUUCUCCUGUGGCCUCAGUCUGACAAUCCUCACCCGACGCCAGAGCUUUCUGCCACGCAGUUCCAAGAAGAAUAUGUGGACAUUUUGCCAAGAUCUUGGACAGCAGUAUCGCUCAGUCUCAAUGAACAAUGCGAUGAACUGUAUGUUGCACGAUAUCGUAAUGGUCAGACUCCGCUAUUGAUGCGAUUGCCCUUUUCCCGGCAGCAGUCCGAGGACGACGAUGAUAAUUUAUUUGACUUUGUGGUUGGCAGAGCUGAGCUCCAAGAGACUAUUGAGCUCUCAAAUUACAGCUGCCACAAUUCAAUGGAUACCAACGUCAAGGGCGCAAAGACAAAUUGGUGGAGUGAGCGAGAGGCACUUGACCGACGUCUUCAGGAAUUACUCAUCAAUAUAGAGAACAUCUGGCUCGGCGGUUUCCGUGGAUUACUAUCCCAGCACCGGAGAGACGAUGCACAGCUGUUGCGAUUUCGACAGGAUUUCGAUGUCAUACUUGAUCGUCACUUGCCUUCCCGCCAAAUGAAAGGAUCGAAGAAGAUCGAUUUGGACGAUCAGAUUCUGGAGCUUUUUAUUGGCCUUGGUGCAGACACCCAGGGCGAGGUUGAUCUGGAUGAGCCACUUGCAGACCUGCUGUAUUUCGUAGUCGACAUGCUCCAGUUCAACGGAGAGCGCAAUGCCUACGAUGAAGUCGACUUCGACAGCAUGACUGUGGAGGUUGCAGAUGCUCUGCGGUCGUACUACGACGCUGCUGAGCAGCAGAAAGACGAUGCGCACUUGAUACUUGUGCUGGACCGGCGCCUUCAGGCCUUCCCAUGGGAGAGCAUGCCAUGCUUGGAGAGAGCAAGCGUCAGCAGAGUCGACAGCAUGUUGACGCUUCGCGAGCGUCUUGUGACAAUGCGAGCCAAUGCUCACAAGCUCAAUGGAGAUGAUCAUUACACCGUGUCCAAGCACUCUGGUGCAUACAUACUGAACCCGUCCGGAGACCUGAAGAGCACUCAAGGUGUGCUCGCACCGGAGCUUGGUAGAUUGACCUAUGCCGAUGGGGAGCCCUGGACUUCGAUUGUCACACGUGAGCCAAGUGAGGACGUCUUCAAAGCUGCCCUUCAGACUUCAUCGAAUCUUCUUUACUUCGGCCAUGGAGCUGGUUCGCAGUACAUUCGACCAAGAGCGAUCAGGAAGCUGGAAACAUGCAGUGAGGUGGUCUGGCUGAUGGGUUGCUCGUCUGGCGCCGUCACUGAAUACGACGAGCUCGAACCAUUUUCAGUCCCAUCAGCUUACCUUCAGGCGGGACAAGCCAGCUCUGAACAUCCUUCAAAGUGUAUGGCUGUUCUCGCCACUUUGUGGGAUGUGACGGACAAGGACAUUGAUCGCUUUUCCCUCGCUGUUGGUCAAGAGUGGGGCUUGUGGCAAGCAGUCCCCGAGACGGUAAAGCCGCCAGCGAAGACGCCUCGGAAGCGGACACUCGCUGUGCCCUCGACUCCGGAGAAGUGCGCAAAGACGCCCAAGACGCCGAAAGUCCACAAGACACCGAUCCCCUCGCGCACGCCGGCUCGUAAUCGUAGUCGCGUGAGGUUCGAAGAAAGUAAGCCGCAGAGUUUGGUGGAGGCUGUGUCGAAGAGCCGAGAGGCGUGCUUUCUGAGGUACCUCAAUGGAGCAGCACCAGUUGUGUACGGAGUGCCGGUUUAUCUUGGAGACUAGUCCAUUGUCAAGGAGAUUUGUAAUAUGACAGAUUCUUGUGAGCGUUCAAGCGUGUACAGAUAGAAUUAUGACGA